AUGGAAUCUUCAACACAGACACAUUUAUACAAACCAAUUAACACAACAGAAUAUCUUACAAAAUACGAAAAGGCACGUGUUCUUGGUAUCAGAGCCAUGCAAAUUGCUAACGGAGCUCCAGUUCAAAUUGAUAUUGGCUCAGAAGUUGAUCCAUUGAACAUUGCUGAAGAAGAACUAAAGCAAAAGAAGACACCACUUAUCAUUCGUCGUACUCUUCCAGAUGGAACUUAUGAAGAUGUCGCUGUUAACGAAUUAAUCGUUAUUAAUGAGAACCUUGUAUUGUAA